AUGGCGUCCCUAUCCUUGAUGUCCCAGAUGGAGUUCGACGACGCCGAGCUCUUCCUCAAAGGCGAGGACCCAGGUGCCAACGGAAAACUGCAUCCCAAUGUUUGCUAUGACAGCGGCGGCAUGACGGCUACGCACAUGGCUGCUUUGAAUGACGAUGUCAAGGGCGUUGAGUUACUUCUGAAGUAUGGCGCAGAUAAGGACCUGAAGUCAGAGGACGGUAAAGCAAGUAAGAAGGAGUCAGUGGGCCCCUAA